AUGACCUGGCAGCCAGCCCCAGAGUCCUUGAGCCAGCUCGCAGUAUGUCUCAAGGACUCCCUGAGCGGCUUCGACAAGGAAGCGCGCAAGCAGGCUGAGACUAUGCUUGCGCAAGCCAAGUCGUCGCCCGACAUCAACAACUACCUCGCCUAUCUCUUUUCGAGCUCCGGUGUCCCCGCCGGUGUGCCAUGCAGGCCCGAAGAAUACCAUCUCGUGCGGUCUGCCGCUGCCGUCAUGCUCAAGAACAACAUUCGGUCCAACUAUAAGGAGCUGCCCGACAACAGCCUGGCCCUCAUCAAACUCGCCGUGCCCAUGGGCAUCCAGGACACCCACCCUCAGAUCCGAAGCUACGCCGGAAACAUCGCAACCGAGAUCAUAAGGAGGGGCGGUCUCCUCAGCUGGCCUGAGCUGCUCCCGCAGCUGUUGAGCUUACUCUCCAACGAAUCCGGCCAGGUCUCCAACGAGGCCCAGGAGGGCGCCAUGGCCGCCAUGGCCAAGAUCUGCGAGGAUAAUGCCAAGGUCCUAGACCGUGAAGUCAAUGGCGAGCGGCCCCUGAACGUCCUCCUGCCCAAGCUCAUCGAGGCCGCCAAGAAUCCCCUGCCCAAGGUUCGCGCCCAGGCACUCACCGCCGUCAACAUCUUCAUCCCGCGCAAGUCCCAAGCCAUGCUCAACAACAUCGACCUCUUGCUGAGCCACCUCUUCGUCCUUGCCAGCGACAGUCACCCGGAUGUCCGUCGCCAGGUGUGCCAUGCCUUCGUCCAGCUCGUGGAGGCUCGCUCGGACAAGCUGAAGCCCCACAUCGGCGGCCUUGUGGACUACAUCGUCACCCAGCAGCAGAGCGACGACGAGGAUCUGGCCUGCGAGGCGGCCGAGUUCUGGCUGGCUGUUGGCGAGCAUGAUGACUUGUGGAAAUCGCUCUCGCCCUACCUCGACAAGAUCAUCCCCGUCCUCCUGGAAAGCAUGGUGUACGGCGGAGAGGAUAUCGCCCUGCUGGGGGGUGCGUCUGACGAUGAAGACGAGGAGGAUAGGGAAGAGGAUAUCAGGCCAGCCUUUGCCAAGAAACAAGCUGCCCGAUCGGCGGCGAAUGGUCCGGAGGGCCCGGCGGACUCUGCCCAGAACGGAAACGCCUACGAGAAGCUUGGCGACAUGGACGAGGAUUUCGAGGAAGGGGAAAUUGACGAUGACUUGGACGACGGGGACGAGAACCCCAACGAAAGGUGGACCGUCCGCAAAUGCUCGGCUGCUGCCCUCGACGUCUUCUCCCGGGAUUUCCAGGACUCGGUCUUCACCGCUAUUCUCCCCUACCUCACCACCAACCUCAAGCACGAGGAUUGGCCCCGCCGUGAGGCUGCCGUCUUGGCUCUCGGGGCCGUCGCCGAGGGCGCCAUUAACGCCGUCACGCCGCACCUGCCGGAGCUCAUCCCGUAUCUUCUGACCCUCCUGGAGGACACCGAGCCCAUCGUCAGGCAGAUCACCUGCUGGACCCUCGGCCGCUACUCUUCCUGGGCCGCCACCCUCGACGGCCCGAACGCCAAAACAAGGUACUUCGAACCGCUGAUGGACGGUAUUCUACGCAAGAUGCUCGACAAGAACAAGAAGGUUCAGGAAGCGGCGGCCUCAGCAUUCGCCAACCUGGAGGAUCAGGCCGGAAAGGUCCUCGAGCCUUACGUCGGCCCCAUUCUGCAGCAGUUUGUUCUUUGCUUCCAGCGCUACAAGGACAGGAACAUGUACAUCCUUUACGACUGCGUACAAACCCUCGCGGAGCAGAUCGGUCCCCUCCUGGCCCGCCCCGACUUUGUCAACACCUUGAUGCCGGCUCUCAUCGAUCGGUACCAAAAGGUCACCGACCAAUCCCGCGAGCUGUUCCCCCUCCUAGAGUGUCUAUCGUACGUCGCCAUGGCUUUGAAUGACACCUUCUCGCCCUAUGCGCAGCCCAUCUUCAGCCGCUGCGUCAACAUCAUCCACGUGAACCUGGAGCUGGCUCUUCAAGCAACCAACCGGGCCGGGUUGGAAUCGCCCGACAAGGACUUUCUCGUCACAAGUCUCGACUUGUUGAGCGCCAUCCUCCAGGCGAUCGAGGAGCGGAAGGCUCAGGAGCUUGUCAGCGGCUCGGGCAACUCCUUCUUCGACCUCCUCGGCUUCUGUCUGGAAGACCCGCAGGAUGACGUCCGCCAGUCCGCAUACGCCCUCUUGGGUGACUGCGCGAGAUACGUCUUCCCGCAGCUCGAGGCGCAGCUACCGAACAUCUUCCCCAUCCUGCUGAAGCAAUUGGACUUUGACAGCAUCCUCGACGAAGAGAUGGACAGCGGAUUCAGCGUCGUUAACAACGCCUGUUGGUCCGCCGGCGAGAUUGCCAUGCAGAAUACAAAGGCGAUGGGGCCCUUUGUCCCUGAGCUCCUGCAGCGCCUAGUCGACAUCAUAUCGAACCCCGGCGUCGUCCACGCCGUCACAGAAAACGCCGCCAUCGCCCUCGGUCGGUUGGGUCUCCACAACCACGAGCAGCUUGCGCCCCUGCUGAAUACCUUUGCCGAAGACUUCCUGAACGUCAUGGAAGGGGUCGAGUCCUCCGAGGAGAAGGCCACCGCUUUCAAGGGCUUCACUAUGGUGGUGGGCCAAAACCCACGCGCCAUUGAAAGGGCGCUCCCGCAGUUUUUCGUCGCCAUUGCGAGGUAUCGGGAUCUGAACCUUCAGAACCCCAUUAAACAGGAAUUGCAUGAUGUCUUCCAGAAUGUGCUGAAUCUCUACCGUCAACUCAUACCAUCCUUCGACGACUUUAUCGGGCAAAUGCAGCCAGCAGAUCGAGAAGUCCUUCGUACGCACUACGCCCUCUAG